CCGUAAUUUGGCGAAAAGAAUGGGACAUGUGUGUGCCUUAAUCCGUAUGUAAAUUACAGCCAAUGAAGGAGUGUGUAGGAUUGGAGCUGGGAUUAGCAGGGGCGAAUGAGUUUCUGCUUUACUGGGAUUAGAGAACAAAGGCUAGUCUGAGCAGAGCCAGCAACAAAAAAAAAAUCUGCCAAACCGUGCCUAGCCUGCAAUCAGGACAAAAAGAUACCCCUUCAGAAAAAAAAGACCUCGGAUUGUACUUCUCCAAAAAAAAAUCAAACAAGGCAACAACAAAAAAUCCGGAUUGGUCUAAAGGAGAAAUCUAGGACGUUGGGAAGUUAUUUUUAUUUUUUAUUUUUUUUCAAAUAGAAGGAACUCCUGUGUGUUUGUAUGUGUUUUUUUUUCCUUUUGGGAAAGAAGAGAUCAGCGCUGUGGUGGGUCGUCUAAAUUUAAAGGUGUAAGCAUGGCACAGAGUGGGAGCCUGGAAGAAGGAGCCAGGAGUAAUAAUUGUCAUGAACAGUUGCUGAUGUGUGGAGUUCAGAGCCUUUCGGACAAGAAGGAUAUUAUUACCAGCUUGGUCUCUGCGUUGGAUUCAAUGUGCACUGCUCUCUCAAAGUUAAACGCUGAAGUUGCCUGCAUUGCCGUUCAUGACGAAAGCACAUUCGUCUUGGGGACCGAGAAGGGGAAAGUGUUCCUGAAUGCGAGGAGAGAAUUACAGAAAGAAUUUGUCAAAUAUUGCGCAAGCUGGAACGCACAACUGCGGGGAAUGGAGAUGUUAAAAAUGGUGGCGGAGAAUGGGCGGAAUGUACAGAGGGACACGCUGGAUCCCAUUAGUGACGUUUACGUGCUGCGUAAAAUGGUGGAAGAAGUGUUUGCCGUGUUGUACAGCGAGGCUCUGGAAAAGUCCACAGUUGUUCCUGUGCCUUAUGAGAAGAUCCUGAAGGAGCCACCUUCUAUAGUUGUGCAUGGUUUGCCCGAUGGCGUUUGCUUCAAGCGACCUUCAGAUUACGAAGCUCACACGCUGAAAAGGAUCUUGGAGCGAAGUAACAGAAUCCAAUUUACUGUGAAAAGAUCAUUGGAUGAGGACAUCCAAGAGCUGAGGCCCUGUGUUGAGCAGAAUCAGGAAAUCCAGCCUGGAAAAAGCGUCUGUGAAUUUAAUCAGGAGAGUCCAAUGGCUAAUCUUUCCAAUCAAGACACCGGCAGUGUGCGGACCCCUCCACAAUUCCUUUAUGAACUCCCGGGAUCCAGGAUCCCAUUGGAUUUAAACCAGGAGCAUCUGACUGCAAGGCCCACUACGAACUUUAACCACGAGGUUUCGCCCACUGGAACCUUAAUGAUGGACAUGAAGAAGUUGCCUCCUGCACGGGACUGCGCAGAUGAUACUGGUAAAAACACAACAGGGUUUAUUGGUGAAGUCAGCAACAUCUCUCAACAUUCACACGUUUCAAAGCGGCUUCUUUUUUCUAUAGUACACGAUAAAGCAGCAAAAUGGAACUUGUACAUAAAAGAAACAGAAGACAUCAAUAUUCUGAGGGAGUGUGUGCAGAUCCUCUUCAACAGCAGAUACGCUGAGGCCUUAGGCUUGGAUCAUAUGGUUCCUGUUCCAUACAGGAAGAUUGCAUGCGACCCAGAUGCAGUGGAAAUAAUUGGGAUUCCAGAAGGAAUUCCCUUCAAACGACCUUGUACCUAUGGAGUUCCCAAAUUGAAACGGAUCCUGGAAUCAAGACAUAAAGUUUGCUUUGUUAUUAAGAGGAUGUUUGAUGAACGAGUUCUGACAGGGACAAAAUACAUACGGGAAGGUUCCAAGCAGGAUGGCCACUCCCCUUUGGAUGAAGAUUCCCAAAGAUCCAUGGCAUUAGACAUGAACUCCAAUAACCACAUCUGCCGGUCUAUGAUGAUGAAAGAAAGCGAAACAGGCACUUCCCUUGAUCUGUCGAUUUCGAAAAAGGUGAAAACUGAGCCAGAGGAUCCAGAAAUUAUUCAAAUUACUGUUCAAGAUCCAAAUACAUCUUUGGAUGAUCUCAGUGAGAACCUAUCUGAUAGAUCAAGCUGCGAUGAGCCUGACCUCCUGGCGGAAUCACCCUCUGAUGCCAUGCAAGACAAUGUUUCUAACCACAACGAACAACAUAUGGUGGUGGAAGACGAUUGGAAUCAAAACGUUGUACGACUGAGAAAACAGGUGGAGAACCUCUUCAACAGAAAAUACGGUGAAGCAAUGGGAUUCUCCGACCCAGUCAAAGUUCCCUAUUUGAAAUUCCGCUCCCAUCCCCAAGACCUGUUUGUGGACGGGAUGCCAGACGGUAUCCCACUCCGAACCCCCAAUUGGUUUGGACUUUCAAAACUCCAGAAGAUUUUGGAAGCGAGUGAGAACAUUCAGUUUAUCAUUAAAAGGCCAGAACUCCUACUGGAAGACAUGCAAGAAACGUGCAAGGAAAGAACCAAUGCAGGAGCAUCAACCCAGGAACCCCGUGCGGACCCUGUGAAAGAUGAAGCAACGCAACUGAAGAGGCAGAUGCAAGCAGGCAGUCCCUUGGGAUCGAGGAUGGCCUGCUUCCACUCCAGCUCGGAGAUGCCUGAUGAGGCCAAUGUGGGACUUGCAGACUCUGCCACAGAAAUACCAGACAAAGCAACAGUGAAGCACGUGACAAACUCAGAUGGAAAUAAAUCAAACAAUUCCCUUAAUAUCAUUGAAGUGACGAUCCCAGAAAAUUAUGAUGCAAAGCUGACCAGGGUAGACAUUGCCAACAAUCUACGUGAACAAGUACAGGACCUGUUCAACCGGAAAUAUGGUGAAGCUUUGGGUAUAAAGUACCCUGUUCAAGUUCCAUAUAAGAGAAUCAAAAGCAACCCAGGCUCAGUUAUAAUCGAGGGGCUUCCACCUGGCAUUCCGUUCCGAAAACCCUGUACGUUUGGAUCCCAGAACUUGGAGAGAAUCUUGGCCGUAGCUGACAAAAUCAAGUUCACUAUAACCAGGCCUUUCCAAGGACUCAUCCCCAAACCUGCACCCAGGCGAAUAACAUCACUGGAAAAAGCAUAUGCUGCUUUACAGGAGGACGAAGAGGCAAACCGACUUGGAGAGAAAGUAAUCCUCAGGGAGCAGGUCAAGGAAUUAUUCAAUGAAAAAUACGGAGAAGCUCUGGGACUGAAUCGACCAGUCUUGGUGCCAUACAAAUUGAUCCGAGAUAAUCCAGAGGCUGUUGAAGUGACUGGACUACCAGAUGACAUCCUCUUCAGGAACCCAACCACCUACGAUCUUAACCGGCUAGAAAAGAUUCUGAAAGUCAAAGAUCGAAUUAGGAUGAUUAUUAAAAGUCAGUUACAGCCUUUUGCAGAAAUUUGUAAUGAAGCAUCUAAAUCAGCAUCCAAAUCAGAAAUAAUGCACAAACGAAAGAGAAGAAGAGUAUCGGAAGGCAACGUCGUACCAUCAUCUUCUAACAUGGAAGCAGGUGUAUCGCCAAACCCCGUCUCCCUUGUGCAGUGGCCGAUGUACCUGGUAGACUACGGCGCAGUCAACAUGCAGAUUCAACGGCCUGUAAAUUUUUAAGCAGCACUGUUCUCAAAACCAAGCAUGACUUUGAAAAUAAAAACAUGUAAUUAUGUACCAUAAUUGUACAGUAUGAACUGUAAUAUUUCCUUCUAGAAUGCAUCCUGAUUUUUACACUGUCUCCAUGUGAUCAAGGGCUUUAAAUAAAUGUGUUGCCUUGCAAUCAA